AUGGCAAACAAUACCGUUGCUGGGACGACUUUUCAGGGCUACAUUGAAACCACUCGCGACUCACUUUUAAUCUUUGAGGCAUGCAAACGAGGACUUUUACCUCGUGUGAAUCGUCGUCUUCAAGAAAAGGAGCGGCAACUUGUUCAAAGCGGUGCCGUCUUUUGCUUUGAUGAAAACGAGAGCGGCAUCAAACGUUGGACUGAUGGGCUAGUGUGGAGCCCUUCAAGGAUUCUCGGCAACUUUCUUGUAUAUCGCGAACUUGACAAGCGAUGCCCACAAGGCGAUGAAUUAACUCGAGGUGGCUGUCAGAACAUCUCGGAGCGACAAAGAGAGCGAGCCCUUGUUGGAUCGUUAACGAAUAGCUACCGAUUCAAAAAAGAUGGCUUGAUCAAGAAAAGCAUGUCAUUGAUCGUCGAUGGGGUACAACAGCACCUGGUCAGCUAUUACAACAAAGAUGAUGUGUUAAACAAUCGGCUGCAGACGCCGUCCCAUGUGCCGGCAUUAGCGGCUCUUGACAUUUCACCAGAGCUACUAUUGCACCAAAACUUUCGAAUUCCUAUUCUUGUCACUGACAUGGAAGCUGCACCCAAAAUGCCACCUCGACUCACACCACCACCUACACCACCAGCACCAUCCACGAGUAGUAGCAGAAAAGAAGAUGUAUUUGAAUUGAAUAUGGAACGUUCUACUCUACGACUUAAACGGCGGUGGAUCAAGAGUCAACAACGACGUAACAGUGAAUCAUCAUCAUCCACAUCAUCACGAACCUCGAUCAUGCGUGCUUCUCCUUCAUCAACAUUGACGCCUGCACCUGAUGGAUGUAUUUGUGGUCGGAGCAAAGCAGCACAGCAACAGCAGCAGCAACAGCAACAGCAACGUAAAGGCAGCUCGGCAUCGUCAUCGUCUCUUGGCAACAACCCCACAGCACAACCAUCACGGUUACCACCACCUUCAGCAGAUCCAUUUGCACUUUUGCUUUCACCCUCUCACCAUAGCAACACCAAUAGCACAGCAACAGCACCAGCACCAGUAGCAACUAUGACAACGCCAGCACCAGCACCCGAUACGAGUUUGCGUAUGCACCAACAUCAUCAUCAUCAUUCGACAUCACACUAUGGUAGUGGCACUCCUUUCUUCAUGACAGGCUUCAGCGACCGGCAAGACCAGAAUCCACACCAACAUUUGUUUUCAUCCACUUCGUUGCAUGCUGUCAACCAUUCAGCUGUUCCCAUGCUUGGCAAUGAGGUCGCCGCGAAUGCGUUCAUGGCCGAUCCAAACUACUUUUUGGGCCUUGGCUGGAACGAAUUUGAAAUGCAAAUGUAG